GGCGCUAACCAGAUCUAUCGUUUGUCGGUGCGGCUCGGAACCGGUGUGUUCUUCUGCUCAACUAUAUUGGUCUAGGCAUUAUCAUGCUGGGGACUAGGGUAUGGAGACCAGUAAACAAUCUACGCACAUUCUCCCAUUCAUGUCUGCGCCCUAAUGCGCAAUCAACGAGAUCUCUGUCGCCGGGGCCAUCAAAAGUUGACUCGCAAGCCCAAUCCCGCCAGGAAACUCAUGCUAACGUGUCUGAGGGCGUUAAACAUCCAUCCGAAGUUGUGCCUGCUGGUUCAAAGGUCCAGUCCGACUCUCCUCGGCGACUCAACUCCAAGAUAUCCGCGUGCGAUCUAGACACCAUCAAACAGCGUAUCGGAGAUUGGAUUGCACUUGCAACUGCUGGAUUCAAACAGCAAACAAACGGACUCCGUCAACGCACAGAUGAGUUCACGCAGAAGACGUCCACAAGAUUUUUUCAGUUGGGCUCUCAACUCAAUCGCGUAACGGGCUAUGAGGAGAUUGACUCGCUUAAACAACGGGUAGUCGAACAAGAGGCUAGAAUCAUGGCUACUCGCCAAGCAGCUCGAGAGGCUAAGACAGCGCAUGACGAUGCUGUUUUACAGCGCUCUCUUUCCCAGCGCCAAGUGAAUGAGCUCUUGCAGCGUAAAUCUUCGUGGACAGACGCCGACGUCAGCGCCUUCACUUCUCUUGUACGUUCAGAUCACCAACUGGAGCAACACGAGGUCGCGACGAAGGCCAAGGUCUCCGAGAAUGAUGAUGCGUUGGAUAGAGAAUUUGCUGAGCUCAUGCGCGCCAUUCUGGCUAGGUACCACGAGGAGCAAGUGUGGAGUGACAAGAUCCGAAGUGCGAGUACCUAUGGGAGUAUGAUGGUGCUUGGGGUCAACGUGGUGGUGUUCAUACUGGCGAUCAUAGUGGUUGAGCCAUGGAAGAGGCGGAGACUGGCACAAACGUUCGAAAAGAAGGUGGAGGAAAUGGCUGCAGAGACCCAAGCUUUGAUAGAGUCUGGGAUUGCGAAACUGGAUGAGCGGUUGGUCAAGCAGGAGGGACUGACCUCAGAGAUUGUGGAAAGGGCGGCAUACGAUGCUCGAGAUUUGUCUAGCGAGUCGUUGUCAGUGCCAACUGUGACAGUAUCUGUCCCUGGGAAACAAGCAGACGUUGGGCCAGAGCACUCAUCGAUAUGGUCGCAUCCUAUAUCACGAAUAAUUCAAGACCGGGAGGUACUGCUUAUUGUGGGCAGCGCUAUUACAGGUAGUGCAGUCACGCUGCUAGCCCGAAGUCUUUUCGGAACUUAGCUUGCAUACUUACUCCUCCCACCAACCAGCUUUUCUGAAUCUCAUAACGACGCUAGUGUACCUAGUCAUUUAGACCUGGACUCUGUACACCAUACUCUACCACACUUGCAAGCACCAUCCACGAUCGAUAGGGGCUGGGCCGCCUUUAGAAGUUCACGUGAUUUAAACCUUGCUUUUCUAUAGUGUAGGUAGUGGCUGUGCUAGCUACACAGUUCACCAUGAAGGUCGUU